AUGCAAAAUGUGGGUAUUUAAGAUAUAAAGUUUUUCUUUACUGUUUUUAUAAUAUAAUAUACUUAUAUUUGUUCUGAUAAUUUAGCUGUAAAAAUCAAGAAGAAUACUGACAAUGUUAAGUUCAAGGUUCGAUGUUCACGAUUUUUAUAUACUCUUGUCAUCACCGACAAAGAAAAGGCAGAAAAAUUGAAGCAAUCUUUACCUCCAGAAACGCAUUUGAUAAAGUAUCCAACUUAUUAGCUGCAGAAUCUGAGAAAUAUUUUGAAUCAGUGGCUAAAUUUUUAGCUAAUAAAGAAUUGGUUGAUUUAACAGUAGAAAUUUUGUAUUUCUGUUUAUUGUCAUUAAGUGAAUCAGUAUCUUCAAAUUUAAGUUCUAUCAGUUUAGAACUGACAUUAUUUUGUCUUCUAGAGUUGUUAAUAUUUUCUGAAUCCCAUUUGCAUAGUAAUAUGUCAUCGUUUAGUGAAUCUGAUUUUUUUGAAGAUAAUGGUAUUAUUAAAAACUUAAGAUCUGUAUCUGAGAAGCAAAUACUUUUGUCAUUCUAAAAAGAAAAUAAUAUAUAAUUCAAAAAUUAUGCUCAUUGUAAAAUUUGAUAUAAAUCAAAUUUAAAUUUUAUAUUCGAUAAGUUAAUACCUGAUAUGAGUUUCUAUAAAUACUGUUUAUGUUUUGAGUACUUAAUUCACUAGUUUCAAAAUUUUCAGGAUCUUUAAUAUCCCAUUUAUUUGAUAUCGACUUAGGUACAUCCUUAAUAUGAAGUGAUGAGAAAGACAUUUUCAAAGAUAAUUGUUUUGUUAAAUCUAUAUUGUUAGUAGAAGUUUCUAAUUUAUUUUCACACGGAGCAAGUAAUUUUUUCUUUUCCUAUAAAUUUUUUGUUUAUACAUACAUAUAUACAAGUUAUGGAAACUAAAUUAUCAUGAAUGUGAUAAAUUAUUUGUAUAUAAUAAUUUUUAAUAUAAUAUUUUUCUUGUAAUACCUGUAAAAGGGUUUUCAAUUUACAUCUCUUUUCAUAUUGUUUGAUUUUUUGACUAUCGUUUUUCAUACGAAAUUUUGAAAAAUUACAUAUAUUAUUUCUUAAAAAUCGUUGUUUUGCGGAACUAUUUUUUCUUUCUUUUAUUAUAAAUGAAUUAUCAUCAUCAUUGGCUUUAUUUCCUCGAAUUAAGCUUUAUGAAAGUAAUAUUAACAUAUUAUCAAUAAAUAACAUGCUACAUAUAUAUACAUAUUACAAAUAUAAUGAACCUUUGGAAAAUAGAAAUAACUUGUCUGUAUAUAUAACGAUAGUACGUUAUAGAUAAAAUUAUUACAAUCAAGAUGAUAAAUAAGAUGAUAAAUAUUUUCCAGAAAUUGUUAGAACCUUUUUCAGUUUGAAUUUGAUCAAUAUUGUUAUAAUACCUUAUCUUGGUAUCAACUUUUUCUUUGACUCCAAUUCCCAACUUUUUUCUUUUGACUUGCAUGUUCUCUAUUAUGAUAGUUAUGACACAAACCAGAGAAUUAUAAAACAAAUUAAUUACAGUACAAAAUUACUGUUUUUAAAAAUACAAUUCAUAUAUAUAUUUAAAACGGUCGAUUUAUUAUUUAUUGGCAGGAAUAUAUAAAUUGCAAAAUAAAACAUUUGAAUCUAUUAUACGAGUUUACUUUUUUUGUUUUGUUCACAGAUGUGCCAUGAAUAUUUUGUGAAAAAUGUCUAAAAAUAAUAAAAUUCAUCUUAUACAAUAUCUAUAUUAGUAGAAUCAAUAUUUCUUAUGAUUAGUUACAUUUCAUAAAAUCAUAAUGAAUACACAAUGUUUGGUAUAGUCCGGUCCAAAAUAUUGCAAGAUCACAUCAGUUCUAAAUUAUAAAUCAGUCAAUUAUAAAUAAAUUGUAAAUGAAAUUAUAAAGAUUCGGAUAUCGAGAUAAAUGAAUUGAUAAAAAUAGGGGAUAAGGAUUUGAAAUCUUGAUAAAGACUGAGUUAAGAAACUUUUAAUACAAAGUGUAUUUUCUAUAGAAUAUUUAAGUACAAAUCUUAGAUUUGUAAUCAUAAUUUUUUAUUAAUUUCACAUAAGUAAAAUGUUAGAUAAAUUUUUUUGCUUUUUUAAUUCAUAUUUUUUUUUAGUUAAAAAUACAAAACAGAAUACAGUGUUGCCUCUAUUAAUGCGUGAAAUUAUAAGAAAUUGCAAAGAAACUAAAAAAUAA